AUGAUUAUGGCCCUCGCACCCAGCGCCAGCGCCGGCGCCUUUGGCGCGGCCGCGUCCCCCUUCCACGAUUACGCCUUCUGCGAGAUCGUGGCCGGCCCCCGCGAAGGCGGCUGCGCGACGCCCUGCGCGGCGCUGGCGGACUGCUGUGGCGCCGCCUCCGAUGACUGCGGCGCCGGCGCCGCCAGCAGCGGCGCGUGCUCCAUGGACCACGACGCGAGCAGCGACCAGGAGCGCGCCCUCGACGCGCUGCUCGCCGCCGCCGCGUGCAAGCCUCGCGCUGAUGACGACGCCGACGGCGGCCGCGCGCGCCCCGCCGCGCCCGCCUCCGUCACGUUCGCCACCCCGCCCCUCCCGCCCGCGGCGCGCGCCGUGCUCGGCGUGUACGGCGCCGCGCCCGCCGCCGCCGGCGAGCCGGCCGGCGUCAUGGCCGCCGCGGCGGGCCUCAUCCGUGCGUGGGGGCUGUCGGACACCUUCUACGUCUAUGACUUGGGGGAGGUGGCGCGCCUGCACGCGCUGUGGGUCGCGGCGAUGCCGCGCGUGGCGCCGUUCUACGCCGUCAAGUGCAACCCCGAGCCGGGGAUCGUGGCGAUGCUUGACGCGCUGGGCGCCGGCUUUGACUGCGCGUCGGUGCAGGAGCUUGAGCGCGCGGCGGCGCUGGGCGUGCCGCAGAGCAGGGUGAUCUUUGCCAACCCCUGCAAGCGGCCGGCGGACUUCCGCUACGCCGCAGAGAAGGGGUCCGAGUAUACUACGUUUGACUGUGCCUCUGAACUAGAAAAGAUCGCUGCCGGGUACCCGGCCUUCAAGUGUGUCCUGCGCAUCAGGUGUGACGACGAGACCUGCAAGAUCAACCUCGGCCUCAAGUACGGCGCCGACCCCCAGGAGGACGCGCCCCAACUGCUGGCCCUGGCCAAGAGCCUCGGACUGAAGGUGGUGGGCGUGUCGUUCCACGUCGGCAGCGGCUGCCAGAACGUGGCCGUCUACGCGGACGCCAUCCGCGCCGCCCGCGCCACCUUUGACGCCGCCGAGGCCCUGGGCUUUGACGACAUGCACCUGCUGGACGUGGGGGGCGGCUUCACCGCGCCAUACGACGCUGAGUCAGCAGACCUCUUCUACCGCACCGCCGCCAUCAUCAACGGGACAAUCGACGAGUGCUUCCCAGCCGGCUGCGGCGUCCGCAUCAUCGCGGAGCCGGGCCGCUACUUUGCCGAGACCUCGGCCACACUCUUCACCACCAUCCUGGGCCAGCGCGCGGCGCGGGCGGGGGCGGCGGGCGGCGCCCCUGCGCCGCGCGACUACUGGCUUAGUGACGGGACGUACGGGUCGUUCAGGAUCCAGGUCGCUGUCGACGGCCUCGAGCCGACCUGCGUCCCCCUGCGCUCCCCCUUCCUGCCGCCCCCCGGCCCCGAGCUCGCCGCGCCCGGCCCCUGCCGCCUCUGGGGCGACUCUGAGCGCGACGAGGACUGCGUGCACAGGAACGCCCUCCUGCCAGCGCUGAGGGACGGCGACUGGCUGGGGUUCCCGCACGCGGGGGCCUACACCAUCUGCUCUGCCUCCAAGUUUUCGGGCGGCCGCAUGGCGAAACCCACCAAGCUGUUUGUGUGCUCCCAGGCGGCGACGCGUGACCUGGGCGCCUACAACGACCCCGCGCUCCGCGCCGCGGCUGCACGCGGCCUGCCGGCUGGGGCGGCGACCGAGGGCACCACGCCCGGCGCCACCGCGGCGUGCGCGGCGGAGAUGCUGCAGGCGCUCAGCGUCGGCUGCGGCGCCGCGGCCCCCGCGGCGAGCUGCUGCACCGACGACGCGAUGAGCGGGGACAGCGAGGGCACGGCUGCCCUGAGCGCGGCCAGCAACGAGGACGGCGGGGGCGGCGACGGCGGCGACUCGCCGGCCGCGGGCGGCGGGGACGCGCCCAUGGGCGGCUGCGACGACGAGGCGGCGUCUGUGCGCCGCGCUUGCGUCCUAGAGCUGCCCUGA